AUGGGUCACUUCCAGUGUUGUGGAGUCGGAGUGGAGUGUGGAGACACCAGGACCCUGUGUCAGGUGGGGAGCGGGUCAUUGAUUCAGCGGAUGGGUGCGGAGCUGACAGUGCUGACCCUGAGUGCAGUGAACAUGAGCCUGAAGACCAAUGAAAAACUCUCCAUUUUCUGCAGGGUUUACACAAGAGAAUACAGACAUCUCCUGGCUUUUAUAUUUGCUAUUGAUGAGAUAAACCGCAGUCCAGAUAUUCUGCCCAACAUAACUCUGGGAUAUCAUGUGUAUGAUUCUUGUGGACAUGUGAAUAAAGCUAUAAAAGACGUUCUAAAGAUAUUGUCUGGACAUACAAAGGAAGCUCCAAAUUAUUCCUGUAUGGAGCGGGGUGCCCUGGCUGGUUUCAUUGGAGAUCUCAAUUCUGACACCACUCUCCAAAUGGCCCAGCUGCUGAAUCUAUAUGGUUACACCCAGGUCCCAAGAGGUCAAUGCUCCGAGGAAUGUCUUCCGGGGUUCAGAAAAUCUGUAAGAGAAGGAUAUCACCCAUGUUGUUAUAAUUGUGCUCCGUGUUCAGAAGGAGAAAUAUCAAACCAAUCUGACAGUGAACUCUGCAAGAAGUGUCCUGAAAAUGAAUGGCCUAACAAAGCUAAAACUAUUUGUAGUGACAAGGUCAAUGAGUAUUUAUCAUACGAGGAGGACAUUCUAGUUUUAUUUUUUUCUAUAACUUCAGUCAUAUUUGCUACAACAUCUCUCCUUAUACUUGGACUAUUUGUUUGGUUUCGGAGCACUCCCAUAGUCAGAGCCAAUAACCGGAACCUCAGCUUCAUUCUGCUCCUCUCCCUCAUACUGAGCUUCCUUUCUGUAUUCCUGUUCCUUGGCCGUCCUUUGGAUAUUACCUGUAUGCUGCAACAAGUCACUUUUGGAGUUCCCUUCACCAUCUCAGCAUCUUCUAUCCUCGCCAAAACUAUCAUGGUCUUCAUUGCUUUUAAAGCCACCAGACCUGGAAGCUCUUGUAGAAAAUGGGUGGGAGUCAAACUUCCUAAUACAGUCAUGUUAUUCUGCUCAUCCAUUCAGGUUAUGAAUUGCAUUCUCUGGUUGUCCAUCUCUCCACCAUUUCAGGAGUAUGACAUGGACUCCUAUCCUGGGAAGAUCAUCAUUCAGUGUAAUGAAGGGUCAGUUAUCGGCUUCUACUCUAUGUUGGGUUAUAUGGGGUUUCUGGCAGCUGUGAGUUUUCUUCUGGCUUUCAUGGUGAGGACAUUACCGGACAGUUUUAAUGAGGCCAAGUACAUCACCUUCAGCAUGCUGGUGUUCUGCAGUGUCUGGAUUGCCAUGAUCCCGGCCUAUCUGAGCACCAGAGGGAAAUACAUGGUGGCUGUGGAGAUAUUCGCCAUACUGACCUCCAGUGCUGGAAUAUUAUUGUGUAUGUUUUCUCCAAAACUCUACAUUUUACUUUUCAAACCUGAACUGAACACAAGAGGGACAAUGCUGGGGAAGAGAAUAAUGUAAAUGUAACACAUUGAUUCAAUGUA